GACGUUUGACCGUUUGAAACGGCGCACAAUAACAACAAUUUCGACGAACCACGGGCUUGUGCAGUUGCUCAAGCCGCUCAAAGGCACUGACUCGGCACUAACAAAACAAAAAGGAAGUAAGCGGUGAAAUACGGGUAAAAUAAAUCCACCGUGCUACUGUGGUUUGCAUGCACUCCAAUGCUUUCGCAGGCGGCAUUUUCGGUGUCACAGCAAGCGUCUUGGUGAAGGGCCGAGAUGGGCCAAACGAUGGAUUACAAGGAAGAGUGUGAUGUUGCGAUCAUAGUUUACAAUUACCUGAUCGAACAGCGCCUGGCGCAGGUGGCGGAAGAGUUUUCCAAGGCAAGCCCGUUCCUGCCCCACAUACGGCGGUGCCCGCGCGGCUGCAUGUACCUGACCGCACCGCUGCGAAGCCUGCAGGAGGUGGUGCGCGAAUACGUGGACCUGCACCGGAAAAUGAAGCUGCUGCUCAUGAAGCACCACCGGGAGGUCAGCCUGCCGCACGAAAAUACCACCUGGGAGAAGGUCCAGCAUGUGGUGGAAUAUUUUCGCUCGAAAGCUUACGCUGAACAGCAGCCACCACCACCACAGACACAGCCGGAAUGCCUCAUUACGGUGAGCAAUUCCGAACCGGCCGAUGCCAACACAUACAUUCAACCGAACGUGGCAGCGUGCGCGGAGCCGGAGAUACGCCACAAUCGGCUGGACAGCUUCGUGGUGCAGGACACGACCGGCAAGCCGGUGGCCCAGCUGCAGAACGAUCCCAUCAUUUACCAGUUUGCCGAACCGCACCGGUUGGUCGGUACCGUGCAGCUGCCGGCCACCCAGCUGCACGAGGAGCACUUUGUUUACCAGGUCGCGGAGGGCAGCCAGGGUGAAGUGACGGCACACCUGCCAGGCGUCGUCGGGCAGAACGCGCACGUCCAGCCGAUGUUGCUGUACGUGGUGAACGAUAACGACGGCAGUGUGGUGGAGAGCUGCCGCCCGCCCAUGACGCUGGCGUACCAGCAGGACGACGUCACGAUCGGCCAGAAUGUCGAGAUCCGCACGGAGAUGGUCGGCUCGGAGAGCACGCCGGCCACGCUGCACAGCCUGCCGGUGCUUACCGACGAACCCGAUGCAAACGCCAGCCAACUGGUGCUGGCGGCAGCGCCACCGCUGGAUUCGAACCCGCUGGCCCAAGCGUACGCCGAGAUGGGAGCGAUCGAACAGCAACAGGUGGUCGAGAACGCUGGGAUGGAAGUGCUGCCGGCUCAGCAACCACCAGAGCCAACGCCAACAGCCGACCCGGCCCAACCCACGCUCGAAUCUGCAGCACCGGCGCAACCGUCCGCCCAGAAGCGCAAGGUCGACCCGGGCGCGCUGGAGGAAUGGAACCGCAUCCGCUCGAUCAACUGGUCCAACUUUGACCAGCACGUGCGCGAAGCGAUCCACCAGGAGGACGUGCGCAAGCGGAUCGCGCUCGUGCUGAACGACAAGCAAAAGCGCGAACAGGCGGACCCGAAAUAUGCCGGCAAGCGCAAGCCGACCAAGAGCGCCAAGAAAACGCUACCCGGCGUCGGUGCCGCCACCGCCACCAUCGCCAUCAGGACGAAAUCGCCCCGCACCACCGCGAAGAAGCGCACGGUGCGCAUGAAGCAGCCGCCGGUCACGUCCGACCGGGCGGGGAAAGCGGUGGCGGUGAAGGUGGCGUUGGCGCCGGCAUCUGCAACUACUGCCGCCGCCCACCUCGACAGCGAUUCGUCCGAGUUUGCCUCCUCGGACGACGACGAGGAAGCGGAUGUGCGGGAGAUGGUACAAAACGUCAAGCGGUACCGGCGCCAGCAGGCGCAGCAGCAGCAGCAGCAGCGCGGCAAGACGAAAGAGAAGCAGACCAAAGCAGAGUCGACGGCACAAAGCAAUUCGUACAGCACACCGCUCCAGUGCCGGAUCAACAUGGUCGUGGGCCGAUCGCCGCGCAACGCCACCGUCAAGCGCACCAUCCGCACCCGAACGCCCUCGACCAGCCCGGCCAGCACACCGCUGAAGCGUGCCAAGCAGCAGCCCAGCGAGAUACUGCCGCCGGUCACGUCGCGGCUCGGUACCGCCCGCCAGCAGCAGCUGAAGGCAAAAAAGCAGCCGGCGGCACCGCCAGCCGCCCAGCCGAAACCGCCGGCCCCGCUGGCGGAGGCGACGGCCGGCAGGAAUCGGCGGCCGGUGCGGGCCUGUGCCGCCGCCCGCCGCAGCAACGAGAGCGCGGUGGGGGCGCCGCUCGGCAAGGAGAAAAUGAAAUCCCCCGCCGCACCACCGAGACCACCGUCGCCAGCGAAUGUGGAGAAUGUACCGCCGAUGCCGCCGCCCGGUGACGUCAUUGCGACCGCACCGUUGGAAGAAGCGGCAGCCACGCCAGCCACGAAGCAGCCCGCACCAACCCCGCUGGCAGCGGCCAAGAAGGAGGAGCUGAAGGAGGAGAAGGUGCGGGAGGAGAAGGAGGAGGAGGAGGAGGAUACUCCCACCGGCCCACCGGAGGAGGUUGAGGUGGGUGAGGCGGCCAUAUACGCGGUGCUGGCGCAGCUGCACGGGGACGACUGACCCGCCCGUCCCCGUAUCCCGUUCCCCGUGCCACUAAUCAGCCUUGGUGUGUGUAAUCGCAAGGGUUUUGCGAUCUCCUUUCGUUCGGCUGGGAGCUACUAUUUGUUAGUGCUUUUGUCGUCUCGUACUACGUGUCCUGUUCUUGUAACUUCAAUCGAAGAAAACCAAAAACGAAAAAAAAAAUGCACAAAGACAACGAAUGAAACGAACAAAUGCA